AUGUCAGGCCUCUUCUACAAUAUAGGCUAUUUCGGAGCCAAGUAUCCAUGCCUUGUGUUCGUGAUUUGCAUGACAGUAACGGGUAUAAUGUCUCUGGGACUAUACAAUCUGACCGUGUUGACAGACCCAUAGUGUAAAGAAUAUUGAACAAUAUAUUUUUCAGCAUUGUGGGUAUCAUCAAGCAGUAGAACCUACAAGGAACAGGAGAGUUCUGCAGAGAAUUAUGGUCCUUUCUACAGAACCAAUUAAUUUAUACUGGCAUACCAGAAUGAGGACUGGGUGAAUGUAUUCUAAAAGGAUGGAUUAAAAGUGAUCUACUUUUUAUAGAACAUCAUAAGAAACAGAAAAGUGUUGAUAGGAGGCAAGAACACAACUCUGGAUGAUUUGUGUUACAGACCAAUAUCUGCAAAAGGGUGUUACGUACCAAGCCCGAUGGAUAUUUGGUUACAGGAUCCUUCACUAUUAGAUGUUUCUUAAUAGUAUUAUUAUAAUAGAAAGACGAGGACAUUCAAUUCACAACGCUUUGCACAGAAUCAAUCGAUGUGAACCAAACGAACAUCCCAUGCAGUGAUAAGAACGGUAUUCCCAUUAUUUUAGAAUCAGUAUUUGGUGGAAUGUAUAAUAAUGAUGUAUAUUCAAAACUAGAGAUUGUGAAGAAAGAGCAAACGAUACCCAGCCAUGCGAUCAUUGUUACAUUCAAGCCAAGACUAUGUCAGUAACUUACCUAUUGAUGAACGAUGAAUUCACUAAGAAAGAUGCUGAAUUGUGGGAGAAGGAAGUUUGGAUGGACACUUUGGAUGCCUUGAAUAAAAGAGACUAUGCUAAACUAUACAAGUACUAUGACAAAUCCUUGAUGCCUGCUCCUCGCGAAUAACUGUUAGAUUAAUAUAGAGUGGCAUUUAUGGCAGAGAGAUCAGUCUCAGAUGAAAUAGAUGAUGAGACUAAUCAAAAUGCUUGGAUUGUUGUUGUUUCUUACUUUAUGAUGUUUAUGUAUAUUGGAUUUGCAAUUGGUCAAUUUCCAAGUAAGAUCUAUAAUGGAUUUACAUUGGGUUUGGGUGGUAUCUUCAUUGUGGCUGUCUCAAUGAUCAGCAGUAUCGGAAUGGUCUCGUAUUUCAGCAUCGGUUUGACUAUGAUCAGUUUAGAAGUAAUUGAAUUAAUAAUAAUAAUGUAAGGUUAUUCCGUUUCUUAUUUUGGCUAUCGGAGUUGAUAACAUGUUUAUUAUUACACACAACUACAAAAAGUAGAAGCAUCCAACAGUGCCUGAGAGAAUGGGUCAAACAUUAAAGUAAGUAGGUCCUAGUAUAACAAUUGCAGCUAUUUGUGAGACUCUUGCAUUCUUAGUUGGAUCUUUAACUAAGAUGCCAGCCUUGCAAUCCUUCUGUAUUUAGGCAGCAGUAGGUGUAUUUAUAGAUUAUCUUUUGUAAAUCACCAUGUUUGUUGCCUUCCUCACUUUGGAUGAAUAACGAAAGAAGCAUAAAAGAUACGAUUUAAUGAUUUGCAAAUAGGAUCCAAAUUAUGCAAUCAAAGAAGACAGAAAACUCAUUCAAACUUUCUUCAAAAAACAUUACUCUCCAUUUAUAUAGAAACCAGUCUGUGUGAUUAUUACAAUAGUCAUCUUUGUGGCCUUAUUUGCCAUAAGUUGUGUUGGAAUAACCAAAUUAGAAGUUGGUUUAGAUGAAUAAGUAUCGAUGGUUGAGGGAUCUAAUCUAUUCAAUUAUAUGACUUUGGAGAAGAAGUACAUUGAAAUUGGACCAUUGGCUUAUCUUAUUCUAGAGAAUCUAGAUUAUCAAGAUCAACAUGAUUUAGAGUUGGUCGCCAAUCUGUCCAACUCAUUGUCUUAAUUAAAUGAAACAGUUUAACCUCCAAUUUACAGUUGGGUGGCUUCUUUCAAUCUCUUUAUAAGAGAAAAAGCAGAAUGGACGUAAGCUUGUGAAACUCAGGAUAUUGCACUCUAUGACUUACCUACUCAAUUAAAGCGAUUCUUGGGGGUCAGAAUCAAUUCUCCCUGUUGUCAAAGAUACGGUAUUUGUGGUGAAACUUUUGAAGCUGAUAUUGUACUCAAUGAAUAAGGUUAUGUCAAAACCAGUAGACUCAGAUUUCAACAUAGACCCAUUCAUAAUUCAGCAGGAUAUAUAUUAUCUCUAGAAUAAACCAGACAAGUCAUUGAUAAAGUAGUUAAAGAUGCCAAUCUUAAAGAAAAUCAGAAAGUCUAUCCUUAUUCAAUGCCGUAUGUCUUCUAUGAUCAAUAUUCUUAUAUUCGUGCAGUUGCCAUUACAAAUGUACUCCUUGCCUUAGCUACUAUCUUCUUCACCAUGACUCUUGUUUAAGAUGUUGUUUGUGCUAUCAUAGUGGUGUUGUUUGUGUUCUUGAUUGCCUUCAAUCUCAUUGGAACCAUCUGGUUAACCAAUGUUAUUUUUGGAGGUUUUGUUGUAAAGAUACAUUGUUAUUUUAGAUUGAAAUUAAUGCAGUAAGUGUAGUUAACUUGGUGACUUGCAUCGGUCUGGCUGUCGAAUUUGUAGCCCAUAUUGUUAUCAAAUUCAGAUUGUGUGAAGGUAAAAGAUGGGACAGAGUUACUGGAGCUAUGUCUACAAUGGGAACUUCAGUCUUUGUAGGCAUUGCUUGUACUAAAUUUAUCGGAGUGGCUGUACUUGGAUUCGCUCCAUCCACUCUUUUUAAACUCUACUAUUUUAGAAUGUAUAUAUUGAUGGUUGUCUUGGGAGCUUUUAAUGUAACUUAUUAUCAAACUAUUUCUAGGGUUUAGUCUUACUACCAAUAUUUUUGGGCCUAUUUGGACCUUAAUUCAGUAUUAUGAAGGUAAAAGUUAAGUCUCUUAUCAAUUAAUCUGAAGGCACUAAUUUUUCAUCACAACAGCAGGCUAAAAAGAAAGCAAAUUAUAAUUGA